GUGGCACAGGUCCCCAUGGCGGUGGCGGCGGCGGCCCUGGCGGCGGCCGACCCUGCACCCGCGGUGCCGCAGGCGGCGGGGAGCGGAGGCCCGGCCUCGCGCCGAGACUUCUACUGGCUGCGUUCCUUCCUGGCCGGAGCACCACACAUGGGGAGAGAUUAGGAGUGGACACUGCCCUUGCUGUGGGAUGGAGGAUGUUAAGCUAGGACUGUCCAGUGCUGCUGCUGAAGGGUAGAACCACUGCUUGAGCAGUUAUCUAUACAGCUGCAUAUCUACAUGCCAGAAGUUGAAGCAGUUCCUAAGUAUGGACCAAGGUAUCGCUGGAUGCUGUGCCAAAACCACAGUUGCUCCUUUGGAUCGAGUAAAGGUUUUAUUACAAGCUCACAACCACCAUUACAAACAUUUAGGGGUACUUUCUACUCUGCGUGCUGUUCCCAAAAAAGAAGGCUACCUUGGAUUAUAUAAAGGAAAUGGUGCAAUGAUGAUUCGAAUUUUUCCCUACGGUGCAAUCCAGUUCAUGGCAUUUGAACAUUAUAAAACGUUCAUUACUACAAAGCUGGGAGUUUCUGGUCAUGUGCACAGAUUAAUGGCUGGAUCCAUGGCAGGCAUGACAGCGGUUAUCUGCACUUACCCUCUUGAUGUGGUUAGGGUGCGCCUAGCUUUCCAGGUGAAAGGAGAGCACACCUAUUCAGGGAUCAUCCAUGCAUUCAAGACAAUUUAUGCAAAGGAGGGUGGUUUUCUUGGCUUCUACAGAGGCCUGAUGCCCACUAUAUUAGGAAUGGCUCCAUAUGCAGGUGUUUCCUUUUUUACCUUUGGUACCUUGAAGAGUGUUGGGCUCUCUUACGCUCCCACCCUGCUUGGCCGACCUUCGUCCGACAACCCCAAUGUCUUAGUCUUGAAAACUCACAUAAACUUACUUUGUGGCGGCGUUGCUGGAGCAAUAGCGCAGACGAUAUCCUACCCCUUUGAUGUGACCCGUCGGAGAAUGCAGUUAGGAACAGUCCUACCGGAGUUUGAAAAGUGCCUUACGAUGCGGGAGACUAUGAAGUAUGUCUAUGGACACCAUGGGAUUCGGAAAGGAUUGUAUCGUGGCUUAUCUCUGAACUACAUUCGCUGUAUUCCCUCUCAGGCUGUGGCUUUCACAACAUAUGAACUUAUGAAGCAAUUUUUUCACCUUAACUAAGAGAAAAAAAUUAUGAUUUGUGGUUAUUUUCCUCAGUAAAUUUCAGAGGGAAGUAUAUAUAUAUAUAUAUAUAUAUAUAUAUGUAUAUAUAUUACCUUAACUAUGAGGGAAACAUUACUUGAAGGGUUGUUUGCCCUGACAUAAGAACCACUGGUGAUUUAAUACUUGAUUUCUUUCAGUUUUUAAAUCAUAGAUCAAAAGUGCUUAGCAUAUCUUUUUUUCUUCUUGAUGGAAUCCAUAUGAAGCCCUGGCUGGCUUAGAGCUCAGUGUAGAGACCAGGCUGGCCUCAUACUUGUGGUAAUCCUCUUGCCUCUACCUCCCAAGUACUGAGAUUCCAGGCAUGUGCCACCAUGCCUGCUCUAACAUACUUUAUGAUGCUAAACAUCAUAGCUUAGAACCCCGAAAAGCCAUCUGGAGCUGACAGUGGUUACAUGUUUGGUUAUUUUAAAGUGUUAUUUGGAAGGGAAAGAGUGCUUGUAUUGGAGUUCAAGAGACUGUCAUUAGUUGUACCAUACUGUUCCAAACUUUUAAUUGUAAUUGUGGUUAUUGGUGGGGAGGGACUGGAAUCAAGUCUAGGCCCUUUGCAUGCCAACCACAUGUUGUACCCACUCACCCACAGCAUGGAAGUGCACACCACUGAGCUACAUUGCUGGCCCUUUUCUUUUUCAGUGUAGUGCUGGGGAUCAAACUCAUGCAUGCUAAUUGUACACUUCCAAUGGCCUACCCACAGCCCUCUAACACUGCUGGUUCUUUAGCCCCACCCUGUCCUUUCUUUCCUCGUGCUGAGGAGUAAACUCAGGGUCUCUCGCCUAUUUUGCUAGAUUAGCACUCUACCGCUGGCUUACGUCCCCAGGCCCCUAACAUUGUGCAGUGUCACUGUAGCACAGUGACAACUGAGCACUUAAGUUCUGUGAAACACAGCCAGCAACGAAGUAGUGCUCUCUUUAUGUUUCUUCUGACAGUUCCGCUCCAGUUGAUAAAAGGACACCUUCUCCUCCAUAGGUUUGAAAAGUAUUUUCUUUAUUUUUAGUCUACUCUCUUUGGGGAUUGAGUCUAGGACCCUGUACAUGCCAGGCAAGUGGUAAACCACUGAGCUACAUCCCCAGCUGUCUUUAAGUAAGAUUAAGUGUUGCAUUUUAAAAGGAGAGAUUCAACAAAUGAAGAAGUAAUCAGGUUUUGUUCAAAUGCUAUUACCAGGUACUUUGAUUUUCCUGAGUUUUAAAAAGCCACUGUAUUUCCCAAAGGAAGUAAUAAUAAAAAUUAAACAUCUUUGCCCUUAAAAUGAGGGUAGCAUUAUAGAUGCUUAUCUUAACUGAUUUGGUGUAUACUAGGAAAUUUAAGUGGACCAUGAAUAUAGAUGAAGCAGUGUUUCUGAUGUAUUAUGUCAAGAUACAGGUUCUUCCAUGUAAAGUAACUUUAGUGAGUAUACUCCUAAGCGUAAAUACAAAACAUGUUUUGAGUGUUAUGUUUUAAAGAAAGUUGCUUAGAAUAUAAGAAUUCUGAUCAUUGUAUUUCGAGCACUUUUCCUCUUGUUGUAAGCAUGAUACAAGGAGUAGAAACAGUCAACCAUCUGUCUUUAGAGAUAGGAAUUUGUAGAACUGAUGUGAUUUUAAGGCAUUAAAACUAAGCUGCAAGAGCUACUUCUGUAUUUUUUGUGUGUAAAGAUUUCUUGUUAUAUCUUGGUAAAGAUUGGAUGAAUUAAUUUCAUUUUUAUAAUCUUUACUUUAAAAAAACCCAUGUACCUUGUGAUUUGUAAAUGUACCAGGAGUGGUGAUAUGUCUGUUUAUAAAGCUCUUUUGUAUAUUUUAAUUUCUGGACCACACUGUAGCUAAUUAUUCUAUUCAGUCUUGAAGUAAUUUAAAUCUAUAAAAUAAAUAUCUCAAUUAUAUUAUCAAUAAAAGAGAACUGAAAAUAUUUUUUAAAAUAAAUUACAUUCUAUGUUACAGAAUCAAUAAGAUAUUAAAAUUAAUUUUUUACCCUU